AUGUCAUCAAAGGAAAACUCGCCCGAGCGGCCGAACGACAACGCACAGCAGAAUGGCGACUCGGAGAAGGGCAAGGAUGGGGACGAGAAGCCGAAGCCUGUCGGUUUGUUCUCUCCAGAACUCAAGCAUGUGAGGCGAGAGAUUGCCUGGAAAUGGUUGUUGACCACAGUCAUUCUCAUGAUAGCGAUCAUGGGUGUUUUGUCUCUCUNNGUGAGUGGUACGAGACGAGUGCUGCAAGAUAUGAAUACUGACAUCUAUCCAGACUGGGCAGCAUUAUACCAUGUGGAGCAGAAUCUGUCCUCGUUAGUCGUGUAUGUCGUGGACUUCGAUGGUCAGGGGCCCAACAGCGUGCCUGGACAGGAACCGUUGGUCGGACCUCUUAUUCAAGGCCUCGCACGUACGCAAGUAGCAUCUGGCACACCAACUCUUGGAUGGGGUCCUCUAUUUGGAUCUGAUUUCGACUACGAUCCUAUUGCUGUACGACAAGCUGUUUACGACUGGAAGGCUUGGGCUGCCAUCAUCAUCAUGCCCAAUGCAACUUCCCAGCUUUACAGCGCUGUUCAGAACGGAAACACGAGUUACGAUCCCAUGGGAGCAUGUCAACUAAUCUACCAGUCCGCCAGAGACGACACCAAUUGGUUCGAUUUCAUGUAUCCGAUCAUCUCACAGUUCCAGACUCAGGCUACCUCGAUGGUUGGUCAGCAAUGGGCCAAAAUGGUUCUGCAAAACGCCACGACUGAUCAAACGCUCUUGCGCAACUUGGCCAACGUACCUCAAGCCAUUUCUCCAGCAAUUGGCUUUUCGGAAUACGAUCUCAGGCCUUUCUAUCCUUAUACCUCCAUUCCGGCUACCACCAUCGGACUCAUCUAUCUGAUCAUCUUGAGUUUCUUCUCAUUCGCAUUCUAUCUACCCAUCUGGUUCAGAUUCUUGAAUCCUCAGGGACAUCCACCGCUUAGAUUUGUCGAAUUCAUUGCGGUUCGUUGGGGUGGAACUGUGCUUGCCUAUCUCUUUCUGUCUCUGGCAUACUCUUUUGUCUCUCUGGCUUUCCAGAUCAACUUUGCUGGUGGCAAUCCCAUUACUUCGGAGACUCAAGUCACGGAUAUUGCUUAUGGCAAUCCUGACGCUUAUGGCCAUGGCACCUUCCCUGUGUAUUGGAUGUUGAACUUUGUCGCCAUGUGCGCUUUGGGUCUUGCUUGUGAGAAUGUCGCUAUGGUCGUCGGUCAGCCAUGGACAGGCCUUUGGCUCAUCUUUGUAACAGNNUGGGUCAUCACUAACGUAUCCACCGGCUUCUACGACAUCGAUAUCGAACCUGCAUUUUUCCGCUGGGGCUACGCAUGGCCAUUACACAAUGUUGUUGAAGCCAGCAGACAGAUUCUUUUCGGUCUGCAUUCGCGCAUUGGACUUGAUUUUGGCGUGCUGUUUGCUUGGGCAGCUGUCAAUAGUGCUAUUUUCCCAUUUACUUGUUGGUUCCUGAUGUACAAGCGUAAGCAUGAGAUUCAUGAGUAUUGGGCUUGA